AAACCUCUCCGGAUAACGCGUUGCCCCGCUGGCCGUCAGCUUGGAAGUUAGUCAGUGCGUCAGUUUGUCAGUCUGCAUGUAGUGUUCUCGUCCGUCCCAAUGUGCGCGUAACGUUCUUUGCAACCAACUCAGGGGGGUUACCAGGCUGAUCGGCUAUAUGCUGUUUCUCAGGUUGGCCAAAUUCGCGACGCCUUUUUCGUCAAUAGUUUUCGGUGCCGUGGAAUUUGUCAAGUGCUUAAUAUGAUAAUUAUAAGAAAUUGUAUAUAAUAAAAGUAUAUAUGAUAAACGUUAACACAUAUCUGUCUAAGUUAUAUAAGGCCUGCAACCAGUUUAACAGCCAAUUCCAAAUCAAAAAAAGGAAAAAAAUUGUUGGAGAGUGCCAAAGUUAUAAACACAAAAGUUGAUUUUUCGCUGGAUUAACUGCAAGUGGGAUCACACCUAAAAUACACAUGCCAAUAUACGAUAUUUAAACGAUCGCAUGUGGAGACAGGCAACGACUACGACAUCCACAUCAAUAGCAGCAGAAGCAGCAGCAAGUCAUCAAUUAAUUUAAUCAAAAACCAUAACUCAAAUUCAAUGAACAAAUCAAUUUGCGCGCGCUCAACAAGCCAAUAAAUCGAUCAAUAAAAUAAAAUAUCAUAAAGACUACGAUACAAUACAAUAAAAUAACAGCAACUAUCAUCAGAAGUAAUAAUAGUUGCAAGGAAGAUCAAGAGCAAACUGCAAGCAGUUGGUCAGCACUCUGAACAUCUGGCAACGCAAGGAAUAGAAACUGUCAGUUGUUGCAACAUCUGGCAACGCUCUGCUGUUCAAUUUUAAACUGUAACGGUUAUUGGCCGCGUUUUACUCACGCCAGGGCCAAACCGGAUAGAACGACAGAGCGAGUGAAAGAGCGUACAGACCACAGCCAUGGGAAAUUCAUCGUCACACACGCACGAACCACUGGAGCGCGGCUUCACACGCGGAAAAUUCGGCGAUGUUAAGAAUGGGAAAUCGGCAUCGUUUCGGUUUAGCAAAAAGUCACCCAAGAAAAUGGAUCGCCUGCGACGCUCGUUUCGGGACUCGUUUCGUCGCCGAAAGGAUCGUGUGCCAGAGUCCUCGAAGCCCCAUCAAUGGCAGGCCGAUGAGGAAGCAGUGCGUUCGGCAACCUGCUCCUUCUCGGUCAAGUAUCUGGGUUGCGUUGAGGUCUUUGAAUCGCGCGGCAUGCAGGUCUGUGAGGAGGCCCUUAAAGUGCUGAGGCAAUCCCGUCGUCGUCCGGUGCGAGGUUUGCUUCAUGUCAGCGGUGAUGGACUGCGCGUUGUCGACGAUGAGACAAAGGGCCUCAUCGUGGACCAGACCAUCGAGAAGGUGAGCUUCUGUGCGCCCGACCGCAAUCACGAGCGUGGCUUCAGCUACAUUUGUCGCGAUGGCACCACGCGCCGUUGGAUGUGUCACGGCUUCCUUGCCUGCAAGGACUCCGGCGAAAGGUUGUCACAUGCCGUGGGAUGUGCAUUUGCGGUUUGUCUGGAGCGCAAGCAACGUCGCGACAAGGAAUGCGGCGUCACAAUGACCUUUGACACAAAGAACUCGACCUUUACGCGCACCGGUUCGUUCCGGCAGCAGUCGCUCACCGAGCGAUUGGCCAUUGCCACCGUGGGCAGCAAUGAGCGUUGCGUCGAUGGUCCAGCAUUGAGCGGCGGUCCGCCUGCUGCCACUGUGAAGCCGUUCAAUCCGUUUGCUAUCGAGAGGCCACAUGCUACGCCCAAUAUGCUGGAGCGCCAGAGCUCCUUCCGACUGAGCACGAUUGGCAGUCAGUCACCGUUCAAGCGGCAGAUGUCGCUGCGCGUCAACGAUCUUCCGUCCAAUGCGGAUAGGCAGAAGGCCUUUCUGGCCGCUGCUGCCGGCAAUCCGAAUGCACACUCUCUGCACACUCCGCUGCGCAGCGUCUCGCCCAUUGCCGAGGUGUCUCCCGCCAAGUCGGGUGAUGCGGCUGCCAUUAUGGCUGCCGACACAGUUAGUCAGUUGUGCCAGGAGCUCAGCCAGGGUCUCUCACUGCUCACUCAGACCGACACACUGCUGGCCGGCGAUGAUCUGAACUUCAACAACAACCGCAGCAUCAACCAGAACAUCAUUGCCGCCGAGAAGCAGCAGCAGGUGGCCGCAAUCUCGUUCAACAACAGUGCCAGUGGCAGUGGCAGCGGAAGUGGCACGCCCACCGCUCAGGUGACGCCUCGUGUCACCAGCAUGCCGCCCGUACAAUCGCCUACACGCUCCGAAUCGGGUGUGGUCGAGUCCUCCGAGCUGCCCAAUGCCGAACAGUGGUUGGGCCAGGUGGUGCGCAGCACCUCACCCGCUGUCGCACCCAAGAGGCCCAGUUAUCUGGGCAAUAUGGGACGUGCCCAGACGAUGGCAGCGAGCGCCACAGCUGCUGGAACUGGCGAUCCCGAUCCUUUCGAUGCCGAGUGGGCGGCCAAUGUAGCGGCUGCUAAGAAGAUGUCACCCGAUCUACCCGGAAUUGGAACCGGCAACAGUAACAGGCACAGCACGAAUCCGUUUAUCUCACCGCCCAAGGCGCCAGCGCAAACAUUCCAGGUGCAGCUGUAGGCUAACCCAAUGUUUAGCUGGGCGCCGGGCUGUGGGAUCGAGGGACUGUGGGAUGGGGGGCAGGGAAAGGGCGGUCCAAAGUGUGGUUCACUUGAAAAACGUAACUUAGAAUAAUGGGGCGGCCAAGGCAGAGAUGGAUAGUUAGAUUAAAGAUACCUACAUAAAUAUAUAUAUUUACAUACUAUAUAUACAGAAUGAUUCCGGAUACUUAACGCAAACAUAAAGUGUUGAAUUAUAUAUACAUACGAACAUGCAUAGAUAAAUAUAUACAUAUACAUAUGUGAAACGAUAAUGCAUUAACAAGAAACAAGUUAACUAAGCAAACAUACACAGCCACUCACUCACACAGGCGCACGCAUUAAUAUAGGACUUGCACUGCUUGCACACACGUACUGAAUGUAUCAACUGCUUGCCAAUUGCCACAAGCAGCACCCCAAAUUUUGACCAAGCUACCGAGUUACCCGCCAGACCACCUUUAGCAACACAGAUUACUUACUACUACAACAACGAGUGCACUUCUACGUUACAGUAUCUAAUAAUAAUAAGUAUGCACAUGCCUAUCCUAUGAUUUCGGACUAUUUAGAUACUAUGUACAUAACUUAGAUGACUACCAGAUAUUUGAAUGCAGACUUCCACAACUUGUUGAUCAAUCCCAAGCUAAAUUCUUAUUCACACUACUAGUAUAUGUUGAUGAUAUGUGUACUACCCAACUUAUCAUACGCGAGUAGACGCACUUGAUGUCUAUGACCAAUGUUUUCUGGGUCAUUUUUUAUUUACGUAUAUCAAUUUUAUUAAUUUAAUUUUAAAUUUGUACAAAAUGUAUUAUACUUAAAUUAUAAUAAUAAUUUAACGAAAAUAAACUUCAAGUUAAUUCAAAACACAUUUCUAUUAAAUACUAAAUAAAUCAAUGCAAAUUUACAUAAUUCACAUAUAUAUACUAAAUAUAUAUUUAUAUAAAUAAAUAAUAUAUUUUAAAUGCAUUCUAUUUUCUUAUAUGUUUUGUUAAUAUUUUUUACAGAAACAGUUAUGUUGUUGUUUAUUUUUAACAAUGAAUGAUUAAGUUCAUAGACGUCUAAAACAAAAUUUUAGUUUAAACUGGGUUUGAGCUGCCAUAGUUUCGAAAUAAUGUAUGUAAGCGACAUUCUAGAUAGCAUUAUUAAAAUAAUACCUUAAGAUACAUCAUGAAAUUCUACAUAAUCAGAGUUCAUAUCUUCAAAUUGGCACUAGUAGACUACCAUUAAACACUCAAAUACGUUUGCCCUACUAUUUUUUAAAUUCUUCCAAAAAUUAAAAAUUUGAUUGGGCUAACUGACUGACCAUUAAAAUGUGCAAAUUAAAUAAACCCGAAAAAUCUUAGAAAAUUUAAAGAUCUACAUAAAUACAUUUGGAAAUAGUUUAUUUUGGAGCUUAAUUUAAAAAUAGAUAAAAUGCGGGGAAUACCUAGCUGGUAUUCUCAUAAAAUAUCCCAAACUUGGUACCUUACAAUUAGCGGAUUUUAAAGUUAUACGAGUAUUUAACAUAGUGCACAUUUUUCAGAGCUAAUCAAUUUUCACUGAAAUUUUAACCGUUUUUUUUUUUGGAUAUGUUCUUAUUCCUAUUUUGCUUUUCAAACUGGCUAUAUUUGAUCAUUUGUCUUUUUAUACACUGGACUUUUCUAACUAUGUAUUUACAUGAGCACUUUUUAAAAAUAUACUUAUAUAUAUAUAUUACGAUGAAAAAUCAAAUUUGCUAAGAGCCGCAGCAUUUUUGCGAUGGUACUCGAAAUAUCCAUAUAUAACGAUAUAAAAAGUUACAAAAAUAUUUACAUUGGAAUGGAAACUUGCAUUCUAAAUGCAACACACGUUAUAAAUAAAUUUAAAAUGUUAUUUUCCAAAAAAUAAACAAAGGAAAUGAAAU